AUGGCAGCUGAAAUCCAUCGGGCUCAGAGGGGUACCGUGCGCUUGGUGCAAGUACUGGAUUGGAAUCUAGUUGGGAGCAAUGAGGACAUCUGCUGGGGUCAUCCCUUAUACCCCAAGACAUUGGGUCCAGCACCCAAUGUUACCACCCCUACUGCUGGAGCCACUGGAUCUGCACCUCAACCGGCACCUGUACCAGCACCUGCACCACCUUCCCUGUUGCCUCCUUCAAUCGCUAUUUUACCGGCUCCCAAUACAACAAUCGGCAUCCCUGGAGGUAGCAACUCCGGUGCAAUUCCGGGCCCAUCCAAACCUCGCAAACGGCAAUUUAGUGCCAGCCCCCCCCUGUCCAGUCAAGAAGGCCCGGAAGGCUGCCCGGAAGUCGAAGUUAAUACCUGGAAUUCAACAUGCAACAUGAUGAAAAAGAAAUUACUGGUCAUGGUCAUCAGUACACGGCCGAUGCCACCUGCAACAGCGGAUGCGACUGAUUCGGAAUACGAACUGGAGGAUGAUGACGAAGAUCGAAUGGAGCCCACUGAUGACUCCCAAUCCAAGCAAAAGCCAAAUGUCAAGCCGGCCAAAGGAGAAGAACCGUCCAAGUCUGGUAAAUAUGGCGCAGGAGCUGACCAGCCCAAGGUGAAGGGCAAGGCCAAGCAUCCACAUCCGAAACCCAUUGGUGCGCCUCUACCGCCAUGUGAGAGAUGCACGACGAUGCACUUGGAAUGUGAGAGCUGGGUGACCAAGAGGGGUGAGGUUGCCCAUACUUGCACCCUUUGCAAUAAAUGGAGGAUGAAAUGCAUCCGGCCGAUGCAACCAGACACGCCUGCAACCGGUACCAGUACAACCACCAUGCCUACCCCGCCUGUCACACCCAUCGCCACUCGAUCAAAGACCACUGCAAAGAGCAAGACCAACAUUAAUGCUCAGUGUCCUAGUCCCAUCCCGGAGGAACCGGAUGUUGAUGUUGAGAUGGACGCUGGAGUCACAACCACCGGUCUUCCCGGUACUGCCCCAGAUGAAGUACCUGCGGUAUCUGCGGACGAUUUUUCUGUGGACCGGUGGAUCGAACCCAUGGAUGACAGCAUCUUACCUCCAGCGCCAUUCAUGGACACACCGGACAACAUCCGGUACUCGCCCAUCUAUCCAGCUCAUACUCAAAGACCUCCCUCCCCUCCAACUACUUCGAUACCUCUUCAGUCUCACCGGUGUCCCCGUCCUUUAACUGAUUUGGAGAUGCAAGCCAUGUUGGCCCAAAUUCAGAUUGACAUGGAUCAGCUCCGCACACGUGAUGACAUGAUUCAUGAUGAGCUGUCUCAUCGCAUCGACCGGCUGCAAGCUGACUAUACAGAGCAAUUGAACAGCCAGAAGGGACUGGUGGAUUACUUGACCAUUCAGAUGGGCAGCAUUGCCCGGUACCUCAGGGACAACUCAAGAACCACUGCAGCAACAGCCUCAACACCACCCUCAUUCAAUCCACCACCCAUUGUCAUCCCUGGUACCCCCAUAUUUCCUGAGUUUGGCUCCAUCAGUGCCUUGGGUCGCGCCGUCACCAACAAUGUCUUUACUCCGGAUGUGUUUUCAACCAAUGCAUGCCCUGGUGGCGAUGGCUCACCGGUCACAAGGCAUGAGCAGGCACCCGCACCCACCUCUACCUCUACCUCCACCAUCAACCCUGUGCCUACCACAGGGGAAUCCAGUCCACCCAUGCAUCCGGUUGGUGCACUUCCGGUACCACCUUCCACUGUCCCAAUGCAAUCUAUGCCCUCUACUAGCACUCUUCGCACGUUCGUCACCGGGCCAUCAAAUGUGCCAGCGGAUGGUCAGUCCAUCUCAGCUCCUUUGCCCAACCGGUCAUUUGCACCUCAAUCCUGUCAACAAGGUCGGUCAGUGAGUGCUAGGCAUGCCAAGAACACUUCCGGUAAUGGGCCCAAGUAA